AUGAUGCACGAAAUUCUCGACAAUGUUGGGGCAGGCGCAAGCGGCGUGAUGGAGGAAAACGAGGGAGGAGGGAGUGGGGGUGCCGCGGCCGAUAUGGACGAUUGCGGCUCCCUCUCCCUACCUCCUGACCUGCCCCCCUAUUCAGGCGACUACAUUAUCAGUGACUAUAUGGAGAGGCUCGGUACUCGUCUUAAUAUUCUGGAAACUGAGCUCAAGUACGCGUGGAGAGCCUUAGAUCUCCUCAGCCAAGAAUAUGUAAGAAUGUGGGAUCGAUUAGAAAGACUCGAGUCUUUGCUCGCAGAUCAACAGGGUGUUAUAUCAACUCUUCUAGAUUUUUAUACAUGUCGAAGUGUAUCUCGAGAUCCUCUUUCUAGACUUGAAGUGAUAAGGGAAAUACUCGGAAAUGGGACUGUGGAAGAUGGUAUAGAAGAGGGACUAGAUAUAGCCAGUCGAAAUGCUGUUCUAUUAGAUCAGCAAGAAGAAGUAAUGGAAUCGGACGAAGCUUUUUAUAGAAGUUUAAACCAAGCUUAUAGGGACGAUUACGUUUAUGAAGAAACAUCAAGACCUACGUCACAGCUAGACAUGAUUUGGGAAGCACCUGAGGAGCCUGAAUUAGAUAUAGCAUCUGCUGGUCAAAUAUAUAGUGCAAAAGAUUAUAAACAUUAUCGGGGUAUACAAAGUGGGCCUGGUAUAAGUGAAAGAGAUUUAGUCCAUAUGUCUACAUUAGGUACAAUAGAACAAAUAACUGUAGAUAAAUUGCAUGAAUUAGAUAGGCUGACUACGCAAUUACACAAAGAUUCAAGAGAGUUAAAAGACUUAAAAGCUAGACUUCUUAGUCCAGAAAUUAAGAUCACAGCAAAACAUGACAGAGAUAUAGAAGCAAAAGCACUUGUGGAAGAUGGAAAUAUAAUUAAUGAACAGUUAAAGGGCGUUUAUAUAGGCGGUGAUAAUUGGGCCUUGAAUGAUAUGAUGAAAAGUUUUGAUGAAUUUAUGCUUACUACACCAAAGGAUAAUUUACUUACAGAUAAAUCACCAUCUAGAUUGUCACUAACUGAAAGCACAGUUGGAGAUAGAACCGUGGACUAUUUACCCAAUUCACUUUCUCCACGCCGGAAAUUUGUACCAGAAAGGACUUCUACUGAACCUUAUACCACAGUAACAGGUCGUUUAGCUUAUAGUUCUGCUGUAGCAAAUGCCGAGAUAAAUGCGGCUAAAGCUUCUAAAUCUCCCAGUGCAUUAUCAAAAGACAGAUUUGAUUAUGGCUCGGAUUAUCAAGUUAGCGAUCAUACUGGGCAAAAUUACUUUUCUUCUAAGAUCACUCAACAAGCAUUUACUGACUCUUAUAAACAAAGCAAAGAACAACACUCACCAACAUCGAUACAUGAUUUAUAUGAUGGAGGCGUGGAUAACCGACUUGAUUUGACUUUUGGUGAACUGCGUAAAUCUCCCAGUCCUCCACCUCCAGCACCACCAAAUGGAGCUGAUAUAUUUAGGCCUAUCGAAAAUAAUAAUGAAACAUUAGCAAGGCAUCAAAAUUUACUUUCGACAGGCCUUACAACUAUGCAAGCAGAAAAUAUGAGAUUAAGUCCUAGGUCACCUAAAUCUCCAAAAACAUCACCGAAGAAUUUGAAAAGAGAUAACACUAACAUUGUAACAGCUAAGUCAGAUUCUGGAUUAUCAUCUAUGAGUGGAUGGUCGAGUUUAGAAAAAAGUCCAGGCUCUCCGAAAACUGGCCGAGUGUCACAUAUUCAAGACGGUCAUAAAAUAAGAGUUCAAUCACCACAAUCAAUUCAAAGAAAUUCUUAUGAAGAUGCAAAACCAUAUUUAGAAACCUUGGUAGAUUCAUAUCUAUAUGAAGAUAAACAAUACCAAAAGGAAUAUAUUUCACAUAAGCCUGAUAAUCCUAAGGAUGAAAAAAAUAUAAUUGAUCUUAAUAAGUUACAUGAUAAUGUCGGUAACAUGUUUAUAAAAAAUGACAGUAAUUUUCCUGUACCGAGUCAAACUACACUUAGUAAUAUAGGAGAGUAUUAUUACGGUCAUGAUGCACCAUCCAUAUACUCGGUAGCUGGAAAUAGACAACCAAUUUUUACUACUGUGUAUAGCACACCGAGAGGAAUGCUUACUGAAGAUAGAAGUUUUUCCGAGUUAAUAGAUAGAAAUCAAAUUUUAGAAUCAGAUAUAAAACAGGCAAUAGAUCCAUAUCCUCCUGAACCUAGUUAUCAUGCACAAACAGUAGUUAUGUCUGGAAAUAAUCUUAACAAGAAAUCCUUGACUCGAACAAAUACGAUGACCGGAUCUGAUAGCAGUUUUCAAAAUGGAUAUAAAGUGUCUCGUACGGGAUAUCCUCCUGGAAACCUUAACGACGCAUUAUCAUACUAUCCUACAUCUAGUAGGUAUGACUCACCAAAACGUACACCGUUAGAAGAACGUAUGUCUUGGCAAGGUGGAAGUCGAUCACCAACGAGCUCAGUAGAAACACUAAGCUUAAAAUCACACUCUCUCAGCAUAACGGAACGAAAGCAAUUUCAAAAUCAAUUACAACAAGAGUACUUUAAACAACAACAGUAUGACCAACGUAACGGGAACAUUACAACCGACAUACAGAGUCAUGAAAAAUUAGGUUCAGACCAAAAAAUUCGAAAAGAUCAGUAUACCAUGGAUUCUAGUGGUAUUUUAGUUUCAGAGUCAGGCUAUUUAUCUAUUUCUUCGAACUUAAAAAUGAAGGCCCAAGAUAGGCAAAGUAAAAAGCCUAAACGAACUUCAUCUUUAAAAUCUGCAAUGACUUCGAUGAGUCAGUGGUUGCCAGAUUUGCAUUUACCUAAAAAGCAUAGGUCACAUUCCCUUCCAUCUGGUGUAGAUUCUGUUGAUCAGGAGCAACAAGAAAAAACUUUGAAAGAGAGGCUAUUGUCAGCACAAAGAAGAAAGAAAAAAUACCAUUUAGUAGCCUCUAUGUCAGGUUUAUUGCAAAAGGCAAGGAGAAAACAACAAGCUAGUCAUCAAUCUUUAUCAGACCCAGAGACUUCUGAAACAGAAUGGUCUGGUGGUCGAUCUAGUGCUCAGUCAGAAGACAGCGAUAGUGUGUUUUCUGAUUCAAUUCAUGAAAAUAAUAUGUUUUCAAAGGUUCCAGUUAAACAAAAGCAACGAAAAAUAAACAGUCAAGAAAAAAUAGAACAACAGCAAAUGAUUCAAGAAUUACAGCAGCAACGAGCUGAAUUGCAAGGAGAUGCUGAUGACGAAUGUAUAUUAGAAGAACAUGAACGUUACCCUUCAACAUCGAACGGGAUACCACGAGAUAAAAGUGACGAUAUUGACUUUCACUUUGCUAGAGUUAGUCAAAUGAAUAAAAAUAACAUUCAAGACUUGGAAAAACUGGAUAUUGAUACUGAUAUUUCAAACGUCGACCCAUUCGAAGAUGAAAAAGAAGAUAACGAUUCACCUGCUGCCAUAUUCGCAACUGUAGGUGAUAUGAAAAAGUCUUCAAUCACAUCAGAAGACUCGCAUAGUGAUAAUAACAAAUCAUACAGUGGAAGUUCACAAGAGUUUGCAGUUUCUCGUGCUCUAGGCAAAUACCGUUUACGUAAAUCAUCGUCUAUUACCGAUGAUACUUCAGAAACUUCUCCACCAAAAAUUGAAACUAAUUUUCCUGAGGACAUAAUAGACGACUCAGAUAAAUACAACGAUAAAAAACAAAAUAAAUUAAGCCCGCCUGAAGUAGUAAAAAACAAUACAGGACGUGCUGACGAGGGCUUUGUGUAUCCAGAAAGAAGUCCCUCUUUACAAAGUAACAGAGGCAUGCAAAAUAAAUUUCAUCCACGACAUCAACAAAGUCUUGAUAUUCCUAAUAAACACGACGAUGAUGACAGUCGAAGUACACAUUCCUGGAGAAGUGGGUCAAGGGUAUCGUCAAGGAGGCAAAGUACUGAAGAUAGUAUUGAUUCCGAAGACGAAUGGUACCGUUACGAGCUCCGGAAGCUAGAAGAAAUGGAGCAUUCAGGCCAAGAUAUAGAAAGAGAACAUUUACUACUAGAAGAACCUGAAACAUUAGAGGAAGAACCCAAUGAUAUAUUAAAAGAAAGGAUGUCUUAUGUUUUACGGGAGUUGAAACUUAAAACAGCUCCUAUUAAAGUCAAAUAUGACGAAGCAAAAACGGAAGAGACAUGGAAAGACAUUACAACAUUUCCUGAUAUGGAAGAAAAAAUUGAAGACGCUAUUUCUCAAAAAUAUUCGGAUGAUGAAAAAUCGUAUGCCGAUUCUGGCUCCGGAGAAACAUCUGGGCCUGAUAGUCCAGUUCAAAGUGGCGACGAGUUUGAAGAAGAUGACGAAAUGCCUCAAAUGCGACAAGAACCUAUGGGUGUUGAACAACCACCUCAUCAAGAUGCUCCUGCUGGAAGCAAAUGGAAGUUGCUAAAGGCUCUGAAAGACAAAAAAGCUGAAGAAAAAACUACAGAGACACCGGUUGCUACCACACCAUCAACAGAAAAGGACAAAGUUAGCGCAGGUAAUGGAACCGGUGGAUUCAACGAGCAAGGCGGACGAGGCAAUGGGCACCCGGGAGAUAAUCCAUUUUACAGCAACAUUGAUAGUAUGCCGGAUAUUAGACCGAGAAGAAAAUCCAUACCACUCGUUUCCGAACUUACCAUGGCUGCUACUAAGAGAAAUGCCGGGUUGACAUCUGCUGUGCAUCGAGCAACACUGAAUGACGAAGAAUUGAAAAUGCAUGUGUAUAAGAAAACUUUACAAGCACUUAUCUACCCCAUAUCUUCAACCACACCCCACAAUUUCGUACUUUGGACGGCGACAUCACCAACGUAUUGCUAUGAAUGCGAGGGCCUACUUUGGGGAAUUGCAAGGCAAGGUGUCAGGUGUACAGAAUGCGGUGUCAAGUGUCACGAAAAGUGUAAAGAUCUCCUCAACGCUGACUGCCUACAGAGGGCGGCCGAGAAGUCUUCCAAACAUGGUGCCGAGGACAAAGCAAACUCUAUCAUAACAGCCAUGAAAGAACGAAUGAAGCAACGGGAAAGAGACAUGCCUGAAAUCUUUGAACUCAUCAGACGCGUGUUCAGCAUGGAACCAGAUGGACACUCGACGCACAUGAAUACGGUGAAGCAGUCCGUCCUCGAUGAAUCCGGAACCAGGGAUGGCGUCGACGCACCAGAACACACACAUUACAAUCACAACACUAAAUUGCGCUGUCUUUCGUUUCAUGUGGUGACCAGGCGGACUUUUAACGUCGAUCCCGACACUCACAUAGACAACUUAGAACAGGCUGAGCAAAUUACUAUUGAAGGAACUUCAAAGUGGUCCUGCAAAAUCGCAAUCACAGUUAUUUGUGCCCAAGGCCUGAUCGCUAAGGACAAGAGCGGCACCUCCGACCCCUACGUUACCGUCCAGGUCAGCAAGGUCAAGAAAAGAACCCGAACAAUGCCGCAGGAGCUAAAUCCUGUUUGGAAUGAGAAGUUUUAUUUCGAGUGCCACAAUUCAUCCGAUCGUAUCAAAGUCCGCGUUUGGGAUGAGGACAAUGACUUGAAAUCAAAACUUCGUCAGAAAUUAACGAGAGAAUCGGAUGACUUCCUUGGACAGACAAUUAUUGAGGUUCGAACUCUGUCGGGUGAAAUGGACGUCUGGUACAACUUAGAGAAGAGAACAGACAAGUCAGCGGUAUCUGGAGCUAUCAGACUUCACAUCAAUGUUGAGAUCAAAGGAGAGGAGAAAGUUGCGCCUUACCAUGUUCAGCGAGUAAAGCCCAUGUCUCAUCGCGCGCUGCAGCCCCACUAUUAUAUUGAGGCUAUUGAGUCCGCCCCCGUACCGCUCUGUAACAGCAGCGCGAACACGGAAACACCAUCCGAAGGGGGUAAAUGCCCCAAACGGCCCAAGCUCACCUUCUCGAGGAAGUGUGCAUCGAUAACAACACUUGAUAACCUUCUUGUCGCUUCUGUGAUAGGUACUAUAAACCACUAG